AUGGCUUUUGUAAGGCGUGUUGCACUUGUAUUAAUAAAGCCUGUUAAAUAUGUCCCUAUUAACACACAAACGCGACAAAUAAAGCGAUGGGUAUCUCCGACUUUAAUAGAAUUAAAAUUACGUGAAAAAAAACUUGGAGGUAAGGUGACUAAUCCAAGAAAUACAUUCUUAGAGUGGAAUUUAGAGGCUGAACUUUACGCUUUUGGAAAACGUUUAAAUGAAGAGUUUGAUGCAGACCUUUUACUCCAAGCAUUUACAGAUCGCUCAUAUGUUAUUAAAGAAGAAAUGACGCAAAAAGAAAUGGAAUUCGAUUUAAAAAUGAAAGGUAAUAGAGAGCUGGCUGAUGAAGGUGAAAAAUUUAUGAAGGAUUAUAUUAAAAUUUACUUAGAAACUGUUUUACCUAAGUUUCCAAUGGAAGGAGUUAUUAGUGUCAGAGAUUACCUUGUUAGUGAAAAUGUACUUGCUAACAUAUCCUUACAUCUUGGUACUAAAGAUAUAAUUUUAGCAGCUGAAUAUCCUGUUGAUAAUCAAACAUUAGCAAAUGCCUUUAAAGCUAUAGUCGGAGCUUUAAUACAAUCAUCUGGUGAAGAACAAGCAGCACAUUUUGUUAGAGACUUUGUUAUUACACAAUUACAAGAUAAGGAUGUUAAUGAGUUUUGGCAUUUAGAAGAUCCUUGGGCAAUACUAAAGGAUCUGCUUGCUAAAACAAAUAGUGAGUUGGAGCCACGGUUGAUUGGAGAAGUUGGAAAAAAUACUUUGCUUGCCUGUUACAGGGUUGGCCUUUACUUAGACAAGAAAAUGUUAUCAUCAGGUUUUGGUGAAACAGUGGAGAUUGCUAAAGAAAUGGCUGCAAGAGAAGCUCUAAAAAAAAUUUUCGGCACACAAGAAAAUAUGCAUCCAAUUAAUUUUAAACUUAGUGGUAUACCAAAAGCAAGUUCUAAUAUGAGAUAUAAAAUAUUUGCUAGU